CUGGAACAAAUCGUUCUUUCAAACAACUUACCAAACUCCGGCGUUCUCCAGCGGUGGAUGUCGGCGACACAAGACAGCGCAAAGCGCGUGUAUUUAACCGCAGAAUAUUGACAAAAUUUCAUUCCGCACUUUUCUUUAAAAAAGUAGGUCGGUUUGGCUGAGGGAAUUUAAUCCACCGAAAAAAAUGUCAAUGUUGCCGUCUUUCGGGUUUACCCAAGAGCAAGUGGCGUGCGUAUGCGAGGUUUUACAGCAAGGAGGGAACCUGGAGAGGCUCGGCCGAUUCCUCUGGUCUCUCCCCGCCUGCGACCACCUCCACAAGAACGAAAGCGUCCUCAAAGCUAAGUCUGUGGUCGCCUUUCACCGAGGUAACUUCAGGGAGCUCUACAAAAUACUGGAGAGCCAUCAAUUCUCCCCACACAAUCAUCCCAAGCUCCAACAACUGUGGCUGAAGGCGCACUACGUGGAGGCUGAGAAGCUGCGGGGCAGACCGCUAGGCGCGGUGGGGAAGUACAGAGUUCGGAGGAAAUUCCCCCUGCCCCGCACCAUCUGGGACGGCGAAGAGACCAGCUACUGUUUCAAGGAGAAGUCAAGAGGCGUUCUGCGUGAAUGGUACACCCAUAAUCCCUAUCCGUCCCCGCGGGAGAAAAGGGAGCUUGCUGAAGCCACGGGACUGACCACGACGCAAGUCAGCAACUGGUUUAAAAACAGAAGGCAGAGAGACCGAGCCGCUGAAGCAAAAGAAAGAGAAAACAGCGAAAAUAAUAACGCUGGAAACAACAAACAAAACCAGUUGUCACCCCUGGACGGCGGGAAAUCUCUCAUGUCCAGCACUGAGGACGAGUACUCUCCGCCGCCGAGUCCGGACCAGAACUCCAUGCUUCUGCUGCAAGGGAACAUGAACCACUCCACAAGCACUUCUUACCCUCUGUCGAGUCUUAGUGCCGUACAAUCGGUACACAACAUACAAGGACACCCGCACCAACUGCAGGACUCCUUGUUGGGACCCUUAACUUCCAGCCUUGUGGAUCUAGGUUCCUAAAGAACUGCUACACUUUUCUUUUUCUUAAUUUUUAUAUGCGAGACUGAGAUCCGACAUUUUCAACGCAUAUUUAAUACUUAGAAAGAUAGAAAUAUUAAAAUCACAAUCACAAAUUUUUGACUGACUCGUGUCAAGUCGUUAAACUAGUUAGGCUACAUGGAAAAAUCAGAACGCACUUUUGAAAAGUGAAAGAUUUGGCUGGCGGUUUAGAUCUUUUCCACGAAAAUUUCUAAUCGGGUCAUAACGUACAUAAGGAAAUGCCUUUCACUAAUUUUAAAACAACCAAACAUUCUAACAACUGGACUUUUAAAUUAAUUGUAAAGUUUAUGUUUUCCUGUUUAAAGUUAAAUUCAAAUAAAUAUUUCUAUGGGAACUUGAAAAGGUGAAUAG